UACAUUGUUUACCAGAAAGUGAAAAUAUCUGAAAAAAAAUAAGUUGAUAUCUUGCAAGUAUUAUUUCAUAGUAAAAAUUCAUUUCAAUCUUCUUAUUUAAGCAAUAUAGAGUGGUGUGGUAUUAGUUUGUGCUUUUCCUGGAAUUAAAAUUCAGAAAUGCCGCCUACCUGCCCUUGUAUUCUUAUGCUGUUUAUGUACUCCCUCUGUACUAUGGCGCAACCUCUGACAGUCGAGCAAGUUGCCAUUCUCUCCAAGGCGCUUGAUUCUGAAUUGCCGAUUUCUAAUGAAAUUCAUUCAAUUUAUGAUGAUAUAACUGAGAACGACAAAGAGGACUUGUUCAUCAACAAGCACCGUUUACUAGAGCGCUUAAAAGAGCUAUCUCGCGAACCUGCAUAUGAAGCUGAGCAACCUGCUGCAGUAGUGCCCGUUAGAGACAACACGCUGCAUCGUGAAAGCCGGAGACAACAAGGGCCUUAUAUGACUCUAUGUCACUUCAAAAUUUGUAACAUGGGAAAGAAACGGUCGCAACACUAUCCCCAGUAA